CCCCAGCUGCAGCAUUCCGGCCUGGACAUGGCAGCGGCGCCCCUGAAAGUGUGCAUCGUGGGCUCGGGAAACUGGGGUUCAGCUGUCGCAAAAAUAAUUGGUACUAAUGUCAAGAAGCUUCAGAAGUUUGCCUCCACAGUCAAGAUGUGGGUCUUUGAAGAAACGGUUAAUGGGAGAAAACUGACGGACAUCAUAAAUAAUGACCACGAGAAUGUAAAAUAUCUCCCUGGACACAAGCUGCCUGAAAAUGUGGUUGCGGUCUCAAAUCUCAGUGAGGCUGUGCAGGAUGCGGACCUGCUGGUGUUUGUCAUUCCUCACCAGUUCAUUCACAGAAUCUGUGAUGAGAUCACUGGGAGGGUGCCCAAGAAAGCACUGGGAAUCACUCUCAUCAAGGGGAUAGACGAGGGUCCCGAGGGGCUGAAACUCAUCUCCGACAUCAUUCGCGAGAAGAUGGGCAUUGAUAUCAGUGUGCUCAUGGGUGCCAACAUUGCCAACGAGGUGGCUGCGGAGAAGUUCUGUGAGACCACCAUCGGCAGCAAAGUGAUGGAGAAUGGUCUUCUCUUCAAGGAACUUCUGCAGACUCCAAAUUUUCGGAUUACAGUAGUUGAUGAUGCGGACACUGUUGAACUUUGUGGCGCUCUUAAGAACAUCGUCGCCGUGGGAGCCGGGUUCUGUGAUGGCCUGUGCUGUGGGGACAACACCAAGGCUGCAGUCAUCCGUCUGGGACUUAUGGAAAUGAUUUCGUUUGCCAAAAUCUUCUGCACGGGCCAGGUGUCCACAGCCACCUUCUUGGAGAGCUGUGGGGUGGCUGACCUGAUCACUACCUGCUAUGGAGGCCGAAACCGCAGGGUGGCUGAGGCAUUUGCCAGGACGGGAAAGACCAUUGAAGACUUGGAGAAGGAAAUGCUGAAUGGGCAGAAACUCCAGGGACCUCAGACUUCUGCCGAAGUGUACCGCAUCCUCAAGCAGAAGGGAAUGAUUGACAAGUUUCCAUUGUUUACUGCAGUAUAUCAGAUCUGCUAUGAAGGAAAACCCGUUCAGGAUAUGCUUUCUUGUCUCCAGUGCCAUCCAGAGCACAUAUAA